CCAAAACAGUACUACCUUGACAUUGCACAUAUCAUGGGUAAACCCGCUGGUCUGAACGCUGCUCGCAAGCUUCGCAACCAUCGCCGUGAGGAGCGCUGGGCUGAUGCUCACUACAAGAAGCGCCUUCUCGGUACCGCUUACAAGUCCUCUCCUUUUGGCGGUUCCUCUCACGCCAAGGGCAUUGUCGUCGAGAAGAUUGGUGUUGAGGCCAAGCAACCUAACUCUGCCAUUCGUAAGUGUGUCCGUGUUCAAUUGAUCAAGAACGGCAAGAAGGUUACCGCUUUCGUCCCCAAUGACGGUUGUUUGAACUUUGUCGAUGAGAACGACGAGGUCCUUCUUUCCGGUUUCGGUCGUAAGGGCAAGGCUAAGGGUGAUAUUCCUGGUGUCCGUUUCAAGGUCGUCAAGGUCGCUGGUGUCGGUUUGUCCGCUCUCUUCCACGAGAAGAAGGAGAAGCCUAGAUCUUAGACUAGAACCAGCUUACCGGAUGAAUAUUUGUGGGUCUACCAUUGUCAGGUGUUUUAUUGCUUCUGUCUCCCUUGACGCGAAAAGGUCAGUAUCCCUGGUGCCCGCCAACUAGCAGCAGUAGUUCCUUAGCAGUCUGUAUUCGCAGUUGGGCUGGUUGCUUUAACGAAACAUCUGUACAACAAUAAUGAUCCGUUGCAUGGUACUAGUAA